GUACGUGUGAAAUUCCUAGUUCGUCUUAAGAAUGUCGCAUAAGGCUUCUUGCUCCUUCUAUCCUUCUCAUCUCACUUUUCCAUAAGGAAGAAAUGGUUAAAGAUAUGAAGUAGACAAUCGAAGUUUUCACCUAAAAAAUUUAGCAUCAUUUUCGAAAAUUUGUUCAAAUAAUUUGUUCAAAAAGUUUUCUUCUCACUUUUUCCCCGGCGACGAGCAGUAGUGUCGUUAACAGACUCAGACGACCAGUUUUCGCGUCUCACACGAUUCAUACCGACACGCUCUUCAUCCACGUUCGACACCGGAGCUAGCCAACCACGUAAACACCCACUUCCAACAAGUUUUGAAGCAUUUUUUUCUUCUCCGUUUGAGACUCCAGCGUGAUGCGUCACGUUUUCGAUACCUGGUUUGUCUUGCAGCAACUUUUCGACUUGGACGUAAGCUUUUGAUUGCUAUUCCAUUGGCUUCAAAUCAGUUUACUUUAAGCUUCAUAUCUGUAAGUUCACAGUUUUUCGGUCAUCAACCAGCAAGGAUCCGAGCCUUUUCGGUAAGAGUCGGCUAUCUGGAAGUUUCAGCUUGAAACAUUUGGUGUUGAAGUUUUAUUUGCUUGGAAGAUCUUGAAUUUUAAAGUAUUGUUUCUAGCAAGUUUUAAUUGAGAGUUCUACAAUGUUUUGUAUUUUUAUUUUCAACAGUUUUGAAAGACAAUGAAUUUCAAUGCCUGAUAUGGGAAUUUCUUAUUGAAUAUUUUUGUACUCAUCUUUGUUUUUUCUAAAAUGCUUUCAGAUAAAGGAUAAGGUGAUAGUUUGAAUGAAGUGAAGUUUUAUGGUAUGGUGCAGGAGAUCAAUGGAUGUUUACCUUAGUACUUGAUAGUUUUACUCAGAACUUAUUUGUAAUAAGUUGCUUCCGCUGAAGUGUGUAAGUUGUAAAAGCUUCAUUUGCUAUGUUUUAUGCAUAUUUUUAUAAUAACUGUAUUGGAAAAUACGGGCGGUUGUAAGUCCUAACUUUUCGAAGGUUCAAUGUUCAAUUCAUCAUUUCCAAGUUCUACACGAAUGGUUGAGCAAUAGCAUGCCAUUGAAACCUCUGAAACCCUCAAUUUCGAUUGCUCAAUUUACCCAAAUCCAUGCCAAACUCCUCACAAAUCCAAAACCCCAUAUUUUCAACCCUUUGCUCGGUUCUUUGGUGAACUCCAUUUUCCCUGAAAAUGGCCUCUUCCUCUACAACCAAAUGCUUCGCUACCCAUCUUCCCACAACCACUUCACCUUCACUUAUGCCCUCAAAGCCUGUUGCUUCCUUCAUCAAACCCAAAAGGGCCUCGAAAUCCAUGCCCAUCUCAUCAAAUCAGAUGUUGUUUCUUGGACUUCAAUCAUUUCUGGUCUUUCCAAGCUCGGUUUUGAAAAAGAAGCACUGAGUAAGUUCUUGUCCAUGAAUGUGAGGCCUAAUUCUACUACUCUUGUCACUGCUUUAUCUGCUUGUUCUAGUCUUAGAUGUCUCAAACUUGGGAAAGCUAUACAUGGGCUUAGAAUGAGGACUUUGAAUGAGGAAAAUGUUAUUUUGGAAAAUGCCCUUCUUGAUUUUUAUGUUAGAUGUGCGUAUUUGAGGAGUGCAGAGAAUCUGUUUGAAAAAAUGCCUAAAAGAGAUGUAGUGUCUUGGACGACAAUGAUUGGGGGCUAUGCACAGAGUGGAUUGUGUGAAGAGGCUGUGAGGGUAUUUCAAAACAUGGUUCAUGUGGGAGAGGCUAUACCCAAUGAAGCCACUCUAGUUAAUGUAUUAUCUGCAUGUUCUUCCAUAUCUGCUCUGCAUUUGGGUCAAUGGGUGCAUUCAUAUAUCAACUCUAGGCAUGAUGUGAUAAUUGAUGGAAAUGUUGGAAAUGCUUUGAUUAACAUGUAUGUCAAAUGUGGCAACAUGGAAAUGGCGAUUUUGAUCUUCAAAGCUAUUGAGCACAAGGAUAUCGUAUCAUGGAGUACAAUCAUUAGUGGGUUAGCCAUGAAUGGCCUGGGAAAGCAAGCUUUUGUUCUCUUCUCACUCAUGUUAGUCCAUGGCGUUUCUCCAGAUGAUAUAACAUUUCUUGGUUUGUUAUCUGCUUGCAGCCAUGGUGGGUUGAUCAAUCAAGGCAUGAUGGUGUUUGAAGCCAUGAAAGAUGUUUAUAAUAUUUCACCUCAAAUGAGGCAUUAUGCUUGUAUGGUGGACAUGUAUGGAAAGGCUGGGCUAUUAGACGAAGCAGAGGCAUUCAUAAAGGAGAUGCCUAUGGAAGCUGAAGGCCCAGUUUGGGGAGCUUUGCUUCAUGCUUGUCAACUUCAUGGGAAUGAGAAGAAGUAUGAGAAAGUUAGGGAAUGGUUGCUUGGAAGCAAAGGGGUUACAGUGGGAACUUUUGCUUUGUUAUCAAAUACUUAUGCUUGUUGUGAUAGAUGGAAUGAUGCUAAUGAUGUUCGAGUUGCCAUGAGAAGUAGAGGGUUGAAGAAAAUGGCUGGACGUAGUUGGAUUGAAAUGGUCGAUUCUACGUAUCCUUUAAGAUAAAUAUAAGAGAGAUGGUGUAAGUUGGGGUGAAAGAUUGAACCCUCUAGCUUGUAGGGACAGAUGUCAUGCUUAUAUAAUUGAGAUAUCUCUAUGCAAAUAGAGAUAUUAAAGACCACUACACUCGUGGGUAUUGUUAUUCAUAAUUUAUUAUUUCCAUAAUGAGAAUAGAUUUUUUCAUA